AUGCCUUCUGCGACUUCCCAAAUCCAUUCUACUGUAAACAAGUAUGUGAGUUCUAUUAUUCAUGCUCUAUUGAUUAUGAUGCUCAAACCAUUAUUGGAACCAUUGGAGAUGGUCAAUAUAGAGUUACUAUUGAUGUGGAAAAUUUUUGAACUGCUCUUCUUCUUCCUCGAUUACAAAAUUACUCUGAAACUCCCUCAGAAGAAAAGUGCAAAUGUGGUUGAAUCCUAUGACUCUAAAGAAAAUGAUGAUGAGGAUGAGAGUAAAGAAGUCACCAACGAAGAGGUUGAUGAAGAGAAUGAUGAGGAUGAUAGUGAAGAAGACAUCGAAAAUGAUGAAGAUGAAUCAACCGCUAAUAAGGGAGAAGACUUUGCUCAGGGGAUGAACUAUCCUCCUAGGAUAAACAAGCAUAUUAAAUUCUCAUCCACUUCUUCAUCAGCUCCAUCUGCAGAUGUUGUUGUAUAA